GCAGCAGCAGAAAGCUAAGAGAAGUUGAGCGACCGGGAACAUGUGAUACUGGUAAAGGCACUAAAACGGGUAUCAUUUGGAAUACAAAUUGUUUGCGUUAUCGGCAACAGGAGCUGUAUAUAAAGCAGAUGCCCUGUGUUCAAACCCAGUAUGGGAGUCUGCCCUACGAGAACUACAACUCCGAGUUCCUGAGCCCCGACUUCAGCACCAAGUUGGCCAUGGACCUGAGUGGCCAGCGGGACCAGCUGUCCGCUCCCUCCCUGCCCAGUUUCAGCACCUUCAUGGACGGCUACGCCGGCGAGUUCGACGCCUACCUGUGCCAGAUCGCCUCGGCCUCCUCCUCCUCCUCGCCCUCCCCCGCCGGCGCCGGCCAGCCGUCCGCCUUCAAGCUGGAUGACUUCCAGGUGUUCGGCUGCUACCCGGGCUCCUUCUCGCUGGGCCAGCUGGACGAGACCCUGUCCUCCUGCGGCUCGGACUACUAUGGCAGCCCGGCCUCGGCCCCCUCCCCCUCCACCCCGGGUUUCCAGAACCAGCCCGUCUCCGUCUGGGACUCCCCCUUCAGUCCGUACUCCCCCACCCCGGGCGGCUGGGGCGCCGACAAGGCCCCUCUCCCCCAGCCGCCCUCCAACUUCUUCACCUUCAGCCCCCGCGCCGAGCAGCAGUCGCCCCUGGGGCAGCACCCUUUGCCUUUCCCUGCUCUCCUUGCCAGUCAUCCAGGUCAGCGUGCACGGUGGAUUUCUCCAGCCCGUGCAGCAGAGCUCCGACAGCAGCAGCUCAUCCAUCUCACCUCUUGUGCCUUGUGUCUUUCACAGCGUACUGUGCAAAAAAACGCCAAAUACGUGUGCCUGGCCAACAAGGACUGCCCUGUGGACAAGCGGCGGCGAAACCGGUGCCAGUUCUGCCGAUUCCAGAAGUGCCUGGCUGUGGGCAUGGUGAAGGAAGUUGUCCGAACCGACAGCUUGAAAGGUCGCAGGGGUCGUCUGCCAUCCAAACCAAAGAGCGCCCUGGACCCCUCAUCGGCCACGCCCCCGGUCAACGUCAUCGCCUCCCUCGUCCGGGCGCACGUCGACGCUGAGCCCCCCGUGGGGAAGCUGGACUACUCCCAGUACCAGGAGAUGGUGACCAGCCUCUUGGAGAAGGAAGACGCCAACGACAUCCGGCGCUUCUACGACCUGCUGACGGGCUCCAUGGAUGUGAUCCGCAAAUGGGCCGAGACCAUCCCGGGCUUCACGGCCUUCUGCCCCGAGGACCAGGAGCUGCUGCUCGAGUCGGCCUUCGUGGAGCUUUUCAUCCUCCGGCUGGCGUACAGGUCAAACCCGGAGAAAAACGAGCUGAUCUUCUGUAAUGGGGUGGUGAUGCACCGGACGCAGUGCGUGCGGGGGUUCGGCGACUGGAUCGAUUCCAUCAUGGAUUUCUCCCAGAGCCUGCACCGCAUGGACAUCGACGUGUCCUCCUUCUCCUGCCUGGCCGCCCUGGUCAUCAUCGCAGACCGUCACGGCCUCAAGGAGCCCAAGAGGGUGGAGGAAUUCCAGAACCGCCUGAUCACCUGCCUUAAAGACCAUGUCUCCAGCACCAUGAGCGAUCCAGGUCGUCCCAACUACCUGUCCAAACUGCUGGGGAAACUGCCUGAGCUGAGGACACUGUGCACUCAGGGCCUGCAGCGCAUCUUCUACCUGAAACUGGAGGACCUGGUCCCACCACCCCCCAUUGUGGACAAAAUCUUCAUGGACACUUUACCCUUCUGAUUGCAAGAGGAGUAGGAGCAGAGGAAAACCAGCUCUGAGCCCUUGAGUGGAAAGCACUUGCAGUUACCGUCACAGGGGCCUGCCUGACUCCGCCCCUUUGGAGCCCACCUGGCUGCGUGGCACCGCCUCUUCAGAAGGCGCUGAGUGAUUGGCUGACUGAUCCACGUGCCUGCCCCCCCACCCUCCCUGGGAGAAACUACUUUAGAAAAAGGGGGAGGGGGGAGCGUGAUGGGGCAUUUUCUUCUCUUACCACCUUUUCAGCUGGAAACUAUCAAGACUUUUAUUUCAAGUUUGUGUCGUUGUCUCCUUGCUGUAAAAAACAAAACAAAACAAGUGACCUUUUUAUUGUGGAAGAUAUCAAGAGUUCCAAGUGGCAGAUGGUAUAGGGGCGGAACUUUUUUUCUGCAGAUGGGCCCUUAUAAGGCUGGAAAUGGAUACACACAGAGUGUGGGAUUCUGGGAAAAGGGGGGGUUGUGAGCAGAGGGGAGGGGCUUACAUCAUGGUGCUGUCAUGUGCGGGAGAGGACCAUAAAUCCAGUCGGAGGCAGCAUUAGGGCUUAUAAGGUCCAAACAGAGGUCCAGACUCAUGUUCCCAAAGGGGUGUUGCUGAAGUGGGCAUGACCCUAGCCAGUGAGUGGGUGACAGGGUUUGACCUUAGCAGUGUUCCAGCAAUUGGUCCUGUAUUUCAAAGGUUGUUGUACUUUUCUAUAUAUAACGUGCUUGGGGGGGAAAAAGUCAAAGGUGGCAUCAGGCCAUUAUGGAUGAAGAUCGGAAAGUUCUUCUGGUGGGGGGGGGCGGUUGUGCACCCUGAGGACCAGGCCUGCCCAGCACACUCGUGUUCGCACACAGCUUUUUGUAGAACUGGCUUAUUUAAAAAAAAAAAACUGCAUAUAUAAAAGGCUGGUCACAGUAUUCAUGCAAUGCCAGGUUGUGUGCAAGUGCCUCAUGUUGUGAACAGGUCUGCAGGGCGGUUGGAGCCCCCUCUGCCAACUGGGCGUCUCUCCUCGGUGCCAGGGAAUGCCAGACUAUGCCAGGGGUCCCGCCCAGAGUCGCUUACGCCAGUUUACAAUAGGCUAGCAGAAAACAGAUUUUUAGUGCCUUAUGCAAAUCAGGUCUUUUUAGCCUUCAGGUAAUUAAACGAAACAAGCUCAUGGAUAUCUCCGCGUCUCCUUUGCACUGUUGUAAGCUAUACAGAACACAUUAGAUGUACAGCUGGUUCAGAUCUCCUUAAUUCAUGCUGGUACCAAGCGCUUUGUGGUGCCAUUCCCCCUGGCCUGUGUGCGCGGACAGGAAGACAAUGGGCAGGAGCUACUGUUAAUAGCACAAAUGUUGCCUUACAGGAUAUUCUCCGUGGGAAGAAUAUGUGCUUUGGUAUUAAGGACCUUCACACACAAUCCAAGGUCGCACAUGACAAAAUGUGAUAAAGGAAAAAAAACACGUGAGCAGCUAUGUGCACUUAGUACAGCGUUAUUUUUUUAACAGCUCGUACAUGUAAGACUAAUAUAACUUCCUUUUUUUAUGUGUGCUUAUAUCAUAAUAUAUAAAGUAUUUCUGUUUGAAUAUA